UUGCCGUACGUAAUAGCGGUGAAGUAUAGCCAUGGAAGCCGAGGAGCCCUACUUGCCCCGCAGAUGAAUAUUUCAUCAACUGGUGUGAUACCGACAUCUGUGCAGACGUUCAGCAUAAAACUGAUCUGUACCGGUUUGAAGAAUGCUGAGGUGAUAGUUGAAAUUCAACUGUAUGUCAGCACUCAUACCCAUAGAAAUGUCACUGUACUAAAGUUCAGAAGAAACAAGAUAUGUCUGAAAGGUAUUGGAAAUGCUCGGAAUGACUCGAUCCUUCUCGAGGCAGGGACAUUGGGGGCUACCACAGGGUCCCUCUACGUAGCAGUGGCCUGUGCCUUGGGUCUGAUAACUCUAGUAGUCGUCACAGCUUCAGCCAUUUGCAUCAAGAAGAAAGGUGGAGUUCAGGAACCAACGUAUAUGACAGCUUUAUACGACAGCAACCCUCACAUGUUCCUGCGUUCGGCCUUGGGAAGGCCUCCCAGCGCCGAGAGCGGUAGCUACGCGACGAUAGCGAGCGUCCAUAAGGGCCCUCCGUCGCCGUGUCCUUAUGCCACCAGCGAUAACUGCCAAUUCUACGCCAACAGCGACGCGUGCAGAGUCUCCUACUACGCCUCGUCGCAGAUCAUGCUGAUAUCGCAGAUUUCCAUGCAGGAUCCACGACAUUCCGAGCCGAGCAAACGGUUGCGGUCUCUAUCGGUGCUUCGCCACACUAUAAGUUUGCAGCGAUUGGCGGAAGAAGGCAUCUUCGGCAAGAUCUACGAAGGCACAUACAGGCAGCACUCAGUGAUCGUUAAAACUACGAAAGAAGCGGCAUCCAAAAGGCUAGUUAGUUUAUUCUUGGCAGAAGGGACAAUGAUGUAUGGCUUGGAACAUAAAAACCUUCUGACCAUCUUAUGUGCAAAUUUAGACGAUCCCAAACAGCCAUUACUCGUCUAUCCUCGGUCUAAUAGGGGCAAUUUGAAGAGAUUUCUCGUUAAAUGUCGACAGAAGAAAUACAACAAUAUAAUUUUAUCCACACAGAAUUUAGUCGAUAUGGCCAUUCAAAUUCUACUGGGCCUCAUGUAUUUACAUGGCCAGCAUAUUUGUUACAAGGACCUCGCAGUACGAAAUGCCGUCGUGGAUGAAAAGCUGCAAGUCAAGAUAACGGACAAUUCUCUCUCACGUGAUCUGUUUCCGAAUGAUUAUUUUUGUAUGGCUGAUCAGGAAAGUAAGCCAGUGAAAUGGAUGGCUCUGGAGAGUUUACUCUACAACCAAUAUGGCGCCGCAUCUGACGUGUGGUCUUUCGGCGUGGUCCUUUGGGAGUUGACCACUUUGGCACAACAACCAUUCUCUGAUGUGGAUCCUUUCGAAAUGAGCACAUUCCUCCGAAACGGACUCCGCCUUGGUCAACCUGUAGGUUGUCCGGAUCAAUUGUUUGCAGUAAUGACAUACUGUUGGAUGAACUGUCCUACUGAGAGGCCUCAGCCGAAUCAGCUCUUGGCUUACUUGCAGGAUUUUUACACGGCCCUGUGCAGAUUCGUCUGAAUCCGAAUCCGCUUCUCAACAGAUUCAAUUACUUUACAGGGUGUACGGUGGAUAUCUCGGAUCGGUCGAAUCGAUAGUAUUGCGUUUGUAAUGUGUUAUUCGAUGCGCGCCCUGUAGCUUUAGAGAACGAGAAAACGAUAUUUUUAUACCUAAUGGUGAGACUGAAAUUUAUAAGGCUUAAGUAGGUAGAACUAUUACCGUAUUAACGCCACAAUGCUUCUAUUUAUUUUGUUCACCAAAAUCUCAAAAUUUUU